UGUCUAACUGUAGUCUGUGUAGCUGUGGUGUGUAUACCCAUGGUCUGUGGUGUGUGCAGCUGUGGUCUGUGUGGCUGUGGUGUGUACAGCAGUAGUCUGUGGUGUGUGUGGCCAUGGUCCAUGGCAUGUGCAGCUGAGGUGUGUGUAGCCGUGGUGUGUACGGCCGCGGUCCGUGGUGUAACUGUGGUGUGUGUAGCUCUGGUGCAUGGAGCAGUGGUCUGUGGUGUGUGUCACUGCGGUGCGUGUGGCCGUGGUCUCUGAUGUGUGGCCGUGCCCUGCGUGCCCUGCGAUCCCGCAGGGCCGUGCCCUGCGAUGUGUGUCACUGCGGUGCGUGUGGCCGCGCUCUGCGGUGUGUGCGGUCGAGCCCCGCGCCGUGCCGCGGUGCCUCUGCCCGCGGGCGGUCGCGGCGCUCCCCGUCCCCGACACCUCCCGCACCUGUCCCGUUACCCGGCUCCGGGCUGUCCCUGCGGGGCCGCCACGAUCCCGCCCCGCCGCCGCCGCCGCCGCCCGGCCCCGCUCAGCGGCCGGGGCGUGGCCAAGCCGGGGGGAGGCGGGAAAGCGCCGCGCCGGGGGCGCUCCGCGGCUUCUCCCAGGCGGGGCGGCGCCGACGGGGUUAACGCGGUCCCCGCGGCGGCCGGGGCAGCUCCCGCCUCCCGCGCCGGAGCACACACACACACUCACACACACAGACACGGGCAGGCGAUGGCCGAGGGGCGCGGGCUCGGUUUUCCCCGAGAUGAUGUCAAGAGCUCGGGAGGAGGAGGAGGAGGAGGACGGUCGCUCUUUUUCUUAACGGCUUUGUUCUAAAAUCAUCCGAAAUAAAGCAGCCCCAGCCCCGAGCGCCGGGGGAGCAGCCGCGAAAGUAUCUAUUUUUUUUCUUCUUCUUUUUUUUUUCCCCUUUUUCCCCCUAUUUUUUCCUCCUCAUCUCUGCCUUUGUGUCCGCCUGGGGCCGAGCCCCCUCCCCGCUCUCUCCCCGGGGAAGCCGCCAGCUUUUUUUCCUCUCCUCCCGGCAGCCCGAGACCGGAGGCAGCGCCCGCCCCGCCGCUGCCCCGGGCAGGUGCUUCGGCGGCUGCCGACUCCUCGCUGCCCUCCCGCAUCCCCAACACCCGCCCGCCGGCCGGGGCGGCUCCGUGCCGCUCCUCCCGCGGGGCGCUGGCUCCCCGCCGCCAGGGCCACGCCGGCGGCCGGGCUCCCCCGCCUCCCGCCGGAGCGGCGGCGCGGCCCACCGCGCCCGGGGAUGCUGCCCCCAACUCCCCGCCCGCCGCCUGACACUGCCGCCGCCGCCGCCGCCGCCCUCACCGCACCGGACGCCGCUCCGCUGCCCGCACCGCGGCCACCUGCAGCAGCCCGGCUCCCCGCCGCACGCCUCGCACCGCGGCGGAAGGAAUAAAGCGCUCAGCCCGUCCCGACCCGCCCGGCCGGCGCUCCCCGAAGCAGCCGGGACCGGGGCGGGUCGGGGCCCCCGCGGGCCACCCCCGACGGACGGAGCCCGGGCGCCCGCCGCCCCUCAUCCCCCUGCGCGGCCCCUCGCGGAUGGGCGCGCUGCCGCCGCCCGGCCCCCCCCGGCCCCGCCGCGCCGCCUGAAGAAACUUGGGACGGCGGCGGCCUCCGCGUCCCCGCCGCGCCCCGCCCGGGCUGCGGGGGACCCUUCCCGCGUCGCCGAGCCAACUUCGCGGGGGGACCCGCCGGCCGCAGGACUCCGGCCCGGGGCUGCCGGUCCUUCCCCGGCGGGGCGCAGCCCAGCGCCCCCUCCCCGCGGCGGGGACCCCCUUCCCCUGGCCGCGGUGCUGGGGAGGAGCGGGGGUGCCCUGGAUGGCCCUGCGCGCUGGGACGGCUUGGUUUGGGCAGGUCCUGCGCAGAGUUUCCCGGCUCCAGGGCACUUGGUCCCGGCGCUCCAGCAGCCUCCUGUGCCUCUCCUCCUCCCAGGAACCCGAGCAGGCGGGCGGAGAGCGGCCGCCGCCGCAGCACAAGCUGCCCCGGAGCAGCGGCAGCGGCGGGCGCCGCCAGCCCCCCCGGCGGCUGCCCCCCUGCUGCGGCUGCUGCGGCCUGUCGGAUCCCCGGGCGGCCAGGGGGGGACAUGGUCCCCUCACUCGCCCCUUGCUGGCGGCCAUGAAGAGGCAGAACGUGCGGACCCUGUCCCUCAUCAUCUGCACGUUCACCUACCUGCUGGUCGGGGCCGCCGUCUUUGAUGCCCUGGAGUCCGACAACGAGAUGCGGGAGGAGGAGAAACUCAAAGCCGAGGAGAUCCGGCUCAAAGGAAAGUACAACAUCACCAGCGAGGACUACCGGCAGCUGGAGUUGGUGAUCAUGCAGUCCGAACCGCAUCGGGCCGGCGUACAGUGGAAAUUCGCCGGCUCUUUCUACUUUGCCAUCACGGUCAUCACAACUAUUGGUUAUGGACAUGCUGCCCCAGGGACGGACGCAGGGAAGGCCUUUUGCAUGUUCUACGCAGUCCUGGGGAUCCCACUGACACUCGUCAUGUUCCAGAGCUUGGGCGAGCGCAUGAACACCUUUGUCAAGUACCUCUUGAAACGCAUCAAAAAGUGCUGUGGGAUGAGGAGCACCGAGGUCUCCAUGGAAAACAUGGUCACUGUGGGUUUCUUCUCCUGCAUGGGAACACUCUGCAUUGGAGCAGCAGCUUUUUCCCAGUAUGAGGAGUGGAGCUUUUUCCAUGCUUACUAUUACUGCUUUAUAACAUUGACUACGAUAGGGUUUGGAGACUAUGUGGCCCUGCAGACCAAAGGGGCCCUUCAAAAGAAGCCUCUCUAUGUGGCUUUUAGCUUUAUGUACAUUUUAGUGGGGUUGACAGUCAUUGGGGCAUUUCUAAAUCUGGUUGUUCUCAGGUUCUUGACCAUGAACAGCGAGGACGAGAGGCGGGAUGCUGAGGAACGGGCAUCCCUGGCAGGGAACCGCAACAGCAUGAUUAUCCACAUCCAAGAGGACUCCCAGCAUGGUCGGCCACGGUACAAGGCCGAAGUAACAGACCUUCAGUCAGUUUGUUCUUGCAUGUGUUACAGGUCCCAUGAGUACACCAGCCGGGUGGUGUCCCACCAAAAUUCGUUCAGCUCGAAGCUGAACCCCCAGUACUUUCACUCCAUCUCUUACAAGAUAGAGGAGAUCUCGCCAAGCACAUUAAAAAACAGCCUUUUCCCAUCUCCUGUCAGCUCCAUCUCACCUGGGUUGCACAGCUUUACAGAUAACCACAGGCUGAUGAAAAGGCGAAAGUCCAUUUAAAGGGAUUUGUCUUCUUUUGCUUUCCUUGUUUCCCCCCAGUUCUUCUCCAUUGUUUUGGGGUUUUAUGUUCCUUGAGUGAGACGGAGUGAGGCUAAAGGGAGUAGAGAAAGCCAGUCCUCAUCUGAGACUCAGCUCUUGAGCAUGAAGCAUGGAUUAUUACCGUUCCAGCAAAGUAUGCCUUACAUUACCCCCUCGGUGGCUGUCAGAGGAUUCAAGGUGACGUGAAGUGGGUACCAAAUCCAAAGUUGCACACACAGCUGGGAGCCUUCAUGUGCCAUUGGCACUCCUGACCUAAUAAACUCUUUUCCUCACGAGCAGGUUGCGUGCUUGCGUGCGUGUUGGGUGUGCGUGCGUGUGCGUGCAAUUCCACAACUAGUGCCAUGCGACAAAAAUCAAAGCAUCAGGUAUUAUUUUGGGGUUUAUUUUUUUCCCUUGAAGCAAUUGUGUUCCAGCCUGCUUUCAAAUUUUAGAUUGCUUCCAA